GCCAACAUGAAUUCUCAUCUUACGAAUAUACGCCAACGUCUACUGCAGGAAGUCGAUAUCUCUCUUCAAAAAGCUGUUGAACUAGCCAAAUCUGUCGUUCUGGCUCAACAAAAUUCAGAGAAAAUCCAGAAGGAGUCCAUAGGAGGAUCAGAACAAGUCCUUUUUAUUAAUAAAAAGAAUUCCAAUUCAUAUGAGAAAUCUAGGCAAUCAAUAUCACAGAGCAUCAGUCAAUCAUCCAGUGGCUCCAGGCGUGAGUUCCAAAAUCGAAGAUCAUCUCCCAGUAGCAACAGUGUUUGUGGAAGAUGUGGUCAACAACAUAGAUACAAAUGUCCAGCUUCAAAUGUUAAAUGCAGGAUGUAUUUCAAGGCCUAGGAUGUUUACCUCCAGUCUGCCAUAUCAAGUUACGUCCGGAUGCUAUUCCGCAUGUCGAUCCACCUCGAAAAGUGCCGUUUGCUUUACAUGACAAAUUGCGAAAAGAGUUAGAAAGAAUGGAGAGCAUGGAUGUCAUAUCUAGAGUGUUAAAACCUACGUCUUGGGUUAAUUCUAUCGUCAUUACUGUCAAAAAGUCAGGUCAGUUGAGAAUAUGUCUUGAUCCAAGGAAUCUCAACAAAAAUAUUAUGAGAGAACAUUUUCCUCUGAAAAACUUUGAUGAAGUCAGAUCAAAAUUAAUCAAUGCUGCGUAUUUUUCACAUUUGGAUGCUUUUUCUGGUUUUUGGAUGUUGAAAUUAGAUGAAGAAAGUUCAGAUUUAUGCACGUUUCAGACGCCAUUCGGUAGAUAUAAAUUUAAUCGUUUACCUUUUGGUAUAUGUUCGUCAUCUGAAAAAUUUGUUCAAGUUAUGAAUGAUUUAUUUGGAGAUAUUGAAGGAGUUUUAAUUUUUGUAGAUGAAUUUUUAGUAUAUGGAGAAACUUUGGAGAUUCAUAAUAUACGUCUUAAAAAUGUCCUACAAAGAGCUAGAGAAGUAAAUCUUAAGUUCAAUAAAGAAAAAAGUAAAAUAGCAGUCACUCAAGUACGUUUUUUGGGUCAUAUAUUCAGUAAAGAGGGUAUUAAGGUCGAUGAUGAAAAAAUUGAAGCUAUCAAAAAAUUACCUCCUCCUUCUAACACUAAAGAGCUUCAAAGAUUUUUUGGGAUGAUUAAUUUUCUCGGUCCUUUCAUCAAUAACUUGUCUGAAAGAACAGAAGUACUUCGAAAUCUAUUGAAAUCAAACAGUCAAUGGAUUUGGGAUGAAAAUUGUGAAAUAGCAUUCAUUAAUUUGAAAGAUAUUAUUACCAAGUCCCCAGUACUAACCCACUACAAUCCUAAUUUACCAUUAGUUUUGUCUGUCGACAGUUCACAAUCCGCUAUUGGAGCAGUCAUUAUGCAAAAUAAUCGACCUAUUGCCUACAGUUCUAAAACCCUAACUUCUUCUCAAAGGAACUAUGCUCAAAUUGAGAAAGAAUUAUUUGCCAUACAAUUUGGUUGUGUCAAAUUUCACCAGUAUAUUUUUGGUCAUAAAAUCACAGUACAUACAGAUCAUAAGCCCCUGGUAUAUCUUUUCAAGAAAGCCCUCUUUGAUAUUCCUGCUAGAUUACAAAGAAUGAUGUUAGCUUUGCAAGCUUAUGAGCUGGAUGUCAUUUAUGUACCAGGAAAACAAAUGUAUAUUUCUGAUACUUUAUCAAGGGCAGCUCUAAAAGAAAAUUUUAUUCCAGAUUAUGAAUCUGAUAUUCCAUAUCAUGUCAAUAUGACAUAUUCAACUUUUGCCAUAACUGAUAAAUAUCAUGAAAAAUUGUGUCAGAGUACUGAGUCAGAUGAAACUUUGAAAAUUCUAAAAAAAUAUUAUUAUGAAGGAUGGCCCAAAUCAAAAGAGAAAACGCAUGUUUUAGCGAAACCUUUUUGGA